AUGAUAAAUUUUUAGGAGAGCAUCGAUGAUUAAAACAUAUAAGAAAAUACUCUUUAGCCUGUGAUCAAAGGCAACAGCAUUUCAAGUGAGAAGUCCAGCUCAAAGUCAACUGUGAUAUCUCACAACUAUUUCUGCUAGGAUUGCCAGGUAUCAUUCUAAAAGCCCAGUAAACUUAGACGCCACAUCUAAAAUGUGCAUGAGGAGAUAAGACCAUUUAAAUGUGACGAUUGCGGUUAAACUUAUAAAAGAAAGGAGCAUUUAACAAGGCAUUAGUCAUCAGUUCAUGCAAGUGAAAGACUCCUGGAUUGUCCCUACAGAGACACUGAGGGAUGCUUACUGAGAUUUCCCAACAGAGAUUAACAAAGGAAACAUAUUUAGAGGAAGCAUGAAAAGAAACUGUACUGUGAAAUAUGCUAUUAAGAAGAGUUGAGAGAUAAAAUUAAUCCAGAAGUGGAGGAUUUAGCAGAAAAUGAAGAGGCUAAAGAUAAAUUUGAAGAAAAUGAGGAGGUGAAAUCAUUGAUAAAUGAUAGUGAAUAUGAGGAAUAUAUUUCUAUAAAAGAAGAGAAGUCUGAAUAGAAAUUAGUGGCUGGGCCAAUAUUUUUUACAAAGAAAUCCUAACUUAAAAAGCACAUGAGUGAGUACCAUGAUGAAGGUUAUGAGUGUGUUGGUCAUUGUGGAAAAAAGUUUGCCAAAAAAAAGCUGCUUCAAGCACAUUUAGCUAGAAUUAAAAAAAACUUGAAGAAAAAGAAUGCCAAAAUAUAUAACUAUGCUGAGGACGAGAUUUCAUAUGAUGCAAGACUAAUGAAGCUAAACAGCAGUUCUAUUCAUGAAUAGGAUGAAGAAUCGAAGUCAGAAUUUUCACAGAUGACAAUGCGCUAGGACCCUUACAAAAGAACAAAGAUUGACUAUAGUGGACUUGCAGGUGAUGAAAGCAUAGAUUAAAGCAUGAUUCAUUAGUUAUGCUCAGCAGGGAAAGAUGGAAAGAAAAUUGAGGAAGAUUAGCAAAGUAUCUACAGUAUAGAUAGAUUUUUGAAUCUAAAUGGCCAGAGAAAGGAAAGCUUUCAUAGUAGAUUUGAACUGUUGUCGCCAAGAAAUAAGUAGUUAAUGAUAUGUAACGCUUGUGGUAAAAUUUAAGGACUUAGCUAGAAGAGUUUUCACUUCAAGUAGCAUAUAAGAAGAUGUACAGGUAUAAAGUGUAAGAAGUAAAUAAGUAAGACAAGUUUAUACAUCUAAGAUCAUAGAGAUUUGAAAAUUGAGUAAACAGUAUAAAAUACUAAAGAUGAAGGUAUGAUUAGUUCUAAUAUGAUACUUUGA